CUUGUGGAAACGGGCAAAACUAGAGCAACAUUUAACUGCAUCCAACGAAAUGUGCACAGCCAAAAAUUUCAUCAAAACAAAUCCGCUUACAGGAAAUGAAACUCUAGAAGCCAAAACAUUAUCUACAUCAACCCGUGAGGGCUCAAAAGACACGGAGACACCAGAUAUUCGCGUGCAAUCUUGGAAGUCAACAGAUGAAAGCAAGAACACACGCGCUGAUCUGUACCAUCUUGGAAUAGAAAUGUGUUCUGCCACAAAGACUGCGUUAAAAUUUCCAACAAGAAACAGUGUGUUCAGGAGAAUCAGCGAAGAGAGAAUGGCGGCGCAAAAAGACGAUGGAAAACUGAAGCCAGAAGAUAAGUCGGCCAGGAGAAGAAAGCAAAGCUUGUCGCUAGAUCCACAACUAUUACUCCAAUGGGCUGCGACUUACAAUGAUGUUGAUACCUUAAAAAAUGUGGUGGAAGGUACGAAAGUCGACCUUAAUGCUCCAGGAGUCGAUGGGUCGUAUGCCUUGCACCGAGCUGCAAGCACAGGGAGCUUUGAAUGUCUUCAGUACCUCGUGACAAAAGGUGCGCAGUUAGAAGUUCGCGACAAAGAAGGAUCCUCGCCGCUGGAUGCCGCGGUUUACGAAGGAGAAUUUGACUGCGCGCGCUUUCUAAUCGAAAAAGGCGCGAGUAUAAGUCACAUAAAGGACGGAUUUACAGACAGGAAUCUGGUUAAGAUACGGGGACGAGAGCGAGCCAUGACUUUCAUGUAGCCGGCACACAACGUCAUUCAUGGUGAAAGUUGCGUUGCAGUUCCAGGGAGAAGUGUUCUUGACAUUUUGUACUCGCUUGGAUCAGUGAAUGAAAUCUGCCUCGCCGUUACUAGUUCGAGUUGAACAUUGAUUAAAUAAUUGAUUACUUGGAAAGUAAUCGACAUGAAGCUGUAUCGAGGAAGAGUUUUCUGAAAUCUGAAGUUUUUGUAGUUCGCACAUUGAAUUUGACUACAGCUGUGUCAAUGACAUUGGCGCUCUCGAAGACACAUGUGAGAACUGUUUGCUCAUCAUUUUCUCUACUGUUCUGAUUACUCGCUCUAAAGUGCUUCAGUUGACUAAUAUGUCUAAACUGAGUCGAGGAUAGCGAGGAUAGCAAGGAUAGCACGAUUCACGAUUAAACUUGCAAAAAACAGUUUGGAUAAUUAUUUUUUAGAGUUAUCCAUGGAUCAUUCGCAUGGCACUACAGGUUUCGUUUUGAAGGAACUAUCUAUCUUUUGGUUGAAAGCGUGAAACAAAAACCUGUGCUUAAUGAAAAAAUUAAAAUUGCGAAUGGAAAUACAAAAAACUACUUAAGUUGAUAACUGUCAUUCAGCUGUAAAAGCCACCGGGGUAAUAGGGUUUCGAAUGUUAAAAUUACUAUCACGAUCGUACUCGCAAUUUGAGACCUUACAUGUAAGAUACAAAUGAUCGUUAUUAUAAAAGGUGCGUUAGUUUCUCAUAGAUUUCGGAUUACAUUUGUGACCCUGUGUGGCGUUCUGUGAUGAGAAAAAGCCUGAUUUAUGACAUUUUAAUUUUCCUGAACUCACUUCGUUGAUUCUGAUCUUAAUUUGUUUGUCUUGUUUGUAAUCUCGUUGUCAGUCAUCAUUCCAACGAGGUUGAUUACUAGUGUCAACAGACAGCUACAGAGGGUUUGUUUAGAACUUCCUUAUGCUUAAAGAACGGUUAUCCGUAUUACGAAGCAUAUUGGAAGCGUAUUAAUCAAGUUUCUCAGUUUUCACGCGAAUCAGCGGCCUAGUAUUGACAUGAAGACGCUUUUGUCCGCCUACACAAUGAAAGAGAAAAAAAAGUUCAGACGUACUGGAUUUCAACGCUUGACUGAGUCAAAUUACCAAUUCACCCGCAAGCAAGCGGCUAGUUGCCCGAAUUAGCGGCAAGGAGAAGCAAUGCAUGAUAUAGUUAGGGACUGUUAAAUAGUUGUUAUCGAGAGAAAUGUUCUAUAUGACAAAUGUGUCAGGUCGAAUAAAGCCACAAAGCUGUAGGUC